AUGGUUUUCCGUGCUCCUGCUUGGGUCGGCGAGCUGCCCCCAAUUCCUGAUGACGUUGCCAUCUGCGACUUCAUGCUGGAUGACAAGUAUGGCCGAUAUCCGCUGGCCUCGUCGAAGGACCCUUUUACAUGUGGAAUGACAGGCCGCACGUACUCGGCUGCAAAAGUAGCUGAACGCGUUGAUGUUCUUGCCCGGGCUUUAGCGAAGGAGUUUGGUUGGCACCCGAACAAGGGAACAGAAUGGGAGAAGGUCGUUGGUAUCUACAGCUUCAACACGAUCGACUUUUUGGUGCUUUGCUGGGCCAUCCACCGGUGUGGAGGCAUCGCUUCUCCCGCCAAUGCCGUGUACUCUGGCCCUGAGCUCACUUACCAAUUGAAAGACUCUGGAGCCCAAAGCCUCUUCACCUGUGUCCCCUCUCUGCCCAUCGCUCUCGAGGCAGCGGCUAAAGCUGGCAUUCCCAGAAACCGAAUUUACAUCCUCGAUCUUCCUACCGAGUUUACGGGGUCUACCGAAGCUCCACAGGGCAUGCGGACUUUGGAGCAGUUUAUUACCGAAGGCUAUUCAUUACCAAAGCUGGAGAAAUUGAACUUUGGGCCCGGACAGGGAGCUAGGCAGACUGCAUUCUUGUGUUACUCGAGUGGAACAUCAGGUCUACCGAAAGGGGUCAAAAUUGCCCAUAGGAACGUUAUCGCCAAUACUCUUCAGAUGAUGGUGUAUGAGGCGCCUCACAGGAACUCUCUGAAACCUGCCGGUCAGAGUGCCUUCAACGAUGUCGCCCUCGGCUUACUCCCUCAAAGCCAUAUCUAUUCUUUAGUAGUUAUGUGCCAUUGUGGACCGUAUCGCGGUGAUCAGGUUAUUGUCCUACCCAAGUUCGAGCUUAACCACUACCUUCAAACGGUCGAGAAAUACAAAAUAGGCACGCUCUAUUUGGUGCCUCCGAUUAUUAUUGCGAUGUUAAGAAAUAAAGAGCUAUGCGAUAAGCGAGAUCUGAGCGCAGUCAGAGCCAUUUUCACCGGAGCUGCUCCCUUAGGCAAGGAGACAGCUGAUGAGUUACAACAAUGGAAACCAUCCUGGUUGAUCAAACAAGGAUACGGUAUGACUGAAACCUGCACCGUCGUGUGUACUACAAGCUCCCAUGAUGUUUGGCUUGGUUCCUCGGGCUCCAUCCUUCCUGGAAUCGAGUGUAAGAUAAUAUCUCCCGAAGGCGUUGAACUCACGGGCUACGAUGAACCCGGGGAACUGGUCGUGAAGUCUCCAUCUGUUGUUCUAGGAUACCUGAAUAAUGAGAAGGCGACGGAAGAGACGUUUAUUGAUGGCUGGAUGCGCACUGGAGAUGAGGCUGUUGUUCGCGUUGCACCCAGCGGCAAUGAACAUAUCUUCAUCGUUGACCGGAUAAAAGAAUUGAUCAAGGUCAAAGGUCUACAAGUCGCCCCAGCAGAACUCGAAGCCCAUAUUCUCUCCCACCCGGAUGUUGCCGACUGCGCCGUUAUUCCUGUCCCGGAUGAUUCCGCUGGCGAGCUACCGAAGGCCUUUGUUGUUAAGAGUUCCUCGGCAGGAUCGGACGAUGCAGCAACCAUCAGAGCAAUUAUGAAGCAUGUGGAAGACCACAAAGCGCGGCACAAGUGGUUGAAAGGAGGUGUUGAGUUCCUUGAUGUUAUUCCGAAGAGUCCGAGCGGCAAGAUCUUAAGGCGCUUGUUGCGGGAUAAGGAGCGAGAAGCAAGACGCAAGGCCGGCGCAAAGAUUUAA